CAAAUAAAGCAAAGGUGUGAUUAGAAUAACUCACGCGCAGGAAACUGUAUGAAUAAAAAUCUCCUAUUUAACUUAAAUAAACUUCUAGUGAGGAAUUUCUCAAGGUGACUUCAACAAAAAAAUGAAGCGAUGUACUUGAAGGACAGACACAAGCGAUAUCCACCAGAGGGUGUACUAAACCCGAGAAAGUUGUGAAAAACACCCCAGAAAUGGUCCGUUCUCCGAGAUAAAUUCACGCAAUAUUUGUUGGAUAUAUAUUCCUAAUGAAGGGAUUGAUAUACGUUGCUACCUAAUUGAGAAUUGAUGUGGAUAAGAGAAUUUUAAUGAAAGCUUAAAGCAGAAUAUCGGGAUGAACGUGUAUGAGACAGACUCUGGAGAUUGCGAGCGGAAUCCGGGAUUGUAUAAAACAUGUGAACAGUGGAAAUGUGUUCCCGUCAAUAUAUCUUGUCCAUGCUUACCAGAAGAGUUCAGCUGCGCAGACGACACAUGCAUUCCGAAGUCUCUUGUCUGUAACGCAGUGAAAGAUUGCGGAAACGGAAACGACGAAGUUAUAUGUAAAAACGGCGAGUCUUCAUCCAUUCCACUGUCUAUAUUCAUUGCUGUCAUAGCUGUUUGUGUCUUAUUUUGUGCCAUAGUCAUCGUUUUCGCUUUCAUAUGUCUCAGACGCCGUCUACAGAAGAGGGACGGAUCUCUGACAAGCAAUGUUCUUCUGCAACAAUCAAAUGAAAAAGACAAUAUUCAUGACGUUUGUGAAAGUACUAGCAAACCUUGCACAACAGUGACUAACAAUGGAAGUGAUAGCAAACAUAAUCCGCAACGUAACUAUGGUUACGAAAAAGUACCACAAGACUUUGGAAUAUUCUUUGGAGAAGAAUUUCUUGGAACGUCUACACCUAAGCAAGGAAUUAGGCAUAUCAUAAACCCUAAGAGGUUUUCAGGAAAUGUUGAUAUUAAGGAUCAAAUGGUUGUAAACCAAAGUUUAAAUAGUUACAGUGAUUUUAAAAAUGGUGCUCAAAAGUCACAGAUUCAGGAAAGAGCUAUAGGGGACAGUGUCGGCGAUCUGAACGCGUCUCUCUUUCUUCCUAUCACGUGACAAAGAUUUCUGAUUAUUGAUCUUCCGUUUUAUUGUAUCCUGACAAAGUCAUGGAACAAUGAGCAUACCAAAAUUAAAUAUCCGGUAAUAUGUCCAUAACAAUAUUAUCAUAUUAUAAUCAUUGAUAUGUAUUCGAAAUCUGUAUGUUGAAAAAAAAAUACUUGCCUUUGGGAAAAAAUCUCAAUGAAAUGAAAAU